UUUCGUAUAUACUUGGAAAACAAUAAUUUCCCUUUUUUUGGUAUUUGUGAAAGAAAACAAAUGAAAUUUCACGUGUAACAGUAGCAAAAGUCAGUUAAACACUUCAAAAUCAAAUACGUUAACAAUGAGACAAUAUAUAAACAAAAUACGUGUUUGAAUCGCAUAAAACAAAAAGAAGUUUUCAAUUGUUCUUUUUUGUGUCUCAAAACUGAUUUCAAGAAAAUUAGGCUGCUUGAUUAUUUGCAAACUUUUAUCUUAUUUUAUCAACGAAUUAGAGUACUUUUUUAUUGAGGUAAAAAACAAUUGACGCAUAAUUAUUUGCUAUCAACGAUUGGUUUUAUUGAUUGGUUUAAAACGAACAAUCGAUCUAACCUAUCGAAUCCAAAAAUUGAGAAAGAAAAACGAGGGGAACCAGUUUCCUUCAAAAAAAAAAAACAAAAAUGUAUUCCUCUUUUAAGCGAGACAGGAAUCAGCCUUAUUUAUUUUUUAUAAAUGUAAGUCUGCAUUGUUCCUAAAUUACUGGAGAUAUUUUAAUGAAUUUUUCACCUAGACGACCCUCACGCUUCUUGAAAGAUUUUAGGACCUUUUUUCAGAUAAAAGUAUUACUAGGUUUUCAAAAUUCUUAAAUUUCUCUUAAAAUUCCUCAAGAAUUCUAUUGUUUGAUAAUAAAUUGUUACGCAAAAUGAGUAAUAUGUUAUCAUCACAACUUGUUGAUAAAAUUCAAUAAAAAUAAGUUCAAAUCUCUUUUUUUUUGUUAUUUAUUUGAAAACAUAAACUCAAUUACGAAAACUGAUUUCCUCUUGAUAAAAUUAUAAAUAAAAAUGACGGUAAAUUGGCUGGUCUUAUAAUUGUUGAAAUUUUCAAAAAAAUUUUGCCUUUCUCUCUAUUACUUGACCUAAGAAAUCUACCUUCAAAUGAACUUUGUUUUAAAACUCUCGAACUCUAUAAAGACAUUUUUAUAAAUACUUUCUUUCAUUGUUUAAUUUUAAAAAUUUCGCGUUUGUUAGUUAUUACUGGAGGACCGAUAUUAAGUUGGCGCCUGUGUUUAAAGUUUACGGGUAAUUUCUAAAAAUAAACCCGAAAACAUUCAACAUACUUAUUUUAUGAUAUGCCAAGCAAUUUUUGUGAUGAGGAAAUCUUAAUUCUAAUUUCUAGAAAUAUAAAAAGUUAGCUCUGUUUUUCUUUUCUACAAAUAACGUACUGGGUAAUACUAUUUCUACUUUUAUAUGAACAUCUGUUCUUGCAAAUGAAAAUUUAAACCGUUUUUAAGAAGAAAAUAGUAAAAAUAUAUAACAUAAUAUAAUAAUGCGAACUUAACGAAAGAAGAAUUGUUCCGCUUCAUAAAGAUCGGCCCGGAAGUGUGAGGCACCAUUCCCAAAAUGACCUUAAAUUAGUCAUGGUAGGUACCAUUAACAGAUCAUCGAUCUACAAUCAAUAUAAUUCAACAAAUUAUUAAAUAGUUUUCUUAACAAAUCUUAUUUUACUUAUUCGACAACUAAUUCUAAUAGUUAAUUUCAAGUCAAAAAUUAUAUUCAAAAAAUAUAUUUCGUUCCCUAAAAUUUUUGUCCCUCAUAUGUUAUUACGGGAACAUUGUAUCUUUGUUUUAGAAAUAAUCAUCUUCAAGUAUAUUACAUACGUCUAUGCCUUUUUGGUUUGGCAGUUAGGCCAUCUGCGAACGCAAAUCGUUAGUAUUUUUAGAAUUGUUUGGAUUUCUGCCAAGGGUUCCACGAAUAAUAAUACUUUCUUUAGGGUCAUAUUCGUUCGUAUCGUAUAAAUGCGCAGUUUUCACGAAAAAAAUGUACCAUUUGCUUAUAAUCGCGACGAGAGAAGUUAAUGGACCUACAAAAAAUUUUAUUCCAAAAAAAAACGCGUAAUACUCUCUUUGUUCAUUAAUUCGAAGCCUGAAAUGAAUUUUAACGGCUCAACUGUUCGUGCACAUUUAGGAUGUUACGUAAAAUUGAAAGAUUAUGUAUUCAUAGACUUGGAUUCGACGCGAAUUUUAAUAUUUGCGCAUUGGGACUGCCGAAAAUAUCCCAAAUUCGCAAUAUUAAUAAGUUAAUUUCGAAAUGCAACAUUUAUUUUAAAAUAACCCCAAAGUGUAGCAUAAGUUUUUAUUUUUUAAUAUUACUUUAAGUCUUUUUUAUGUUAUGUUCAAAGAAAAUAAAAAAAGGUAUAGUUAGUAAAUUAUCGACAAUUUAAAAUGGACUUUCAACAAUCUUUUACACGAUAUUUCAGUCAACGAAUGAAAUUUUCAAGGAGUUUCACGUAGCAUGGAAAAUUUGAUGGCGACAUUCUGUCUAGCAAUUAUGCUGAUCGACGAACGAAAACAAGCCAAUUCUCUUUCUAAAAUUAGGAGAGACUAAUUUCAUCGUUUGUUGAGCGGUUUGCAUUUUAAACCAAGCGUUUUUAAUCAGUAUUCAAACGCAUUUUACGAAAAGAUUAUUUAACUCAUUAAAAAGACCCCUUCAGGAAUCUGAAAUAUUUAUUUAAAUUCCUUUAUCAAAAGAAAGUAUCAAAAAAUACUCUAGUAAGUUAACAAGCUCUAAUAUCAAGAGAGCUGGGAAAUCAAUGUUUUCAGAACGAGUAUCAGAGGUGAGUACCCACCAAUUAGAGGCGAGUCGUAAGUGCUCGCCCAUCACUCAUCCUAAAAACAUGCUGCUUACUCUAAAUGAGCCAAUUUAGCCCAUAUACUGCUAAAUUAAACAAUUAAACAUUUAAAAAAUUGCGUAAAUUGGUGCAAAACAACAAGAAAUGUUUGUUUUUAACAGUUUAUUUUGAAAGACCUUUUGUCCGUUUCAAAUCUAAGUAGCUAAAUUACGAAGUUGGCUGCUAAACCAAAGUCAAUCGUUAAAAUCCCGGUCUAUCUUAGGAACUUACGCAUGUUAUAUCGACGAGAGCACGGGAUUUUCUGAUGUUCUUGACAUUAGUCUGAAUUAUUUUUGUUUUUCACACAAAGUAAAAUGCAAACGGUUCUUAAAUUUUGGCACUGGCCACCGUUGCAACAAACAAAGCGUCUUUUUGAAACUUUAUUCUUACUUUCAUUAAUUGUGAACCUUUAAAUGUCCCUGUACUCCAACUUUAUAUUUUAAUAAUUGUAAUAUUUAUUUAACAUUAGGCCAAUAUUAUAUUUAUAAACAGUGCGGCUAAAAAAUACAAUUGUGUAGCUUAUAGAAGUGAUCCAAAACAAUCAAACAAAUUGACAAUAUUGAUCGUUUUAUCGAUCAGAUCGAUAUGGACUUUCUAUUUAUAUUAAUUAUUUAUAAUGCCCAAAUUCUUACUCCUAAUAAGUUUCUUUCUUUUAUACAUGUAUUUAACAUUGACAUUUUAUAUAGAUUUAAAUAAAAACUUAAAGGUUACUGAGAAUGUCCAUGAAAAGUCGCAUGUUUAUUUGGAAACGGGAACGUCACUGUUGGGGUGCAUUUACCGUUUAAAUUUCGAAAUUAACCGCUCAAUAAUUUAAAUAUGUUAAAUUCGUAAAAAAUUUGUAUCGAUCCGUUUGCAAUGAUAAAUGAUUACCUAGUAAAAAGCUGUCAAACUGUCAAAUGCAUCUCAGAACAGGAGCAUGGAAAUAGUGAAAUGGUCGAUAAUAAGCUCGCCAAGCAUUUCAUUGAUUACGAUGCCUAUUUAAAAAGGGCAAAAAAAGAAUUCGAAACAACUAUUAAAACGGAACUCACUGUGACAGCGUCCCUUGACGAUUUUAAAUUGGUUAAAACGUUAGGAACUGGGUCCUUUGGACGCGUAGUUCUGGCCAAACAUAAAACCAAAGAUAUGCUGUUUGCCAUAAAAUUGAUGGACAAAGAUCAUGUUGUUAGAACCAAACAAGUUCAACAUACUAUUUAUGAAAUUCGAUUAAUGGCAGCGUACAAAUUCCCCUUUCUGAUAACUUUGGAGUACUUUUUCAAAGACAACGUUUAUUUGGGAAUAGUGAUGCCUUUUAUCAAUGGAGGAGAGAUGUUUACACAUUUGAGAACAUUAAAGAAAUUCGAUGAACAAUUGGCAAAGUUCUAUGCGGCGCAAGUAAUUUUAGCUUUUGAAUACAUUCAUUAUCUAGGGGUGGUAUACAGGGAUCUUAAACCAGAAAAUAUAAUGAUGGACAAAGAAGGAUACAUAAAAAUUACUGAUUACGGUUUUUGCAAAAAAAUUGAUGAACAGAGAACGUAUACUUUGUGUGGAACUCCCGAGUAUUUGGCUCCAGAAAUUAUUAUGAGCCAAGGAUACAACAAAUCAGUAGAUUGGUGGUCGUUAGGGAUUCUAAUUUUCGAAAUGAACGCAGGGUAUCCGCCAUUUUACGGCAGAGAUCCAAUGAAAAUUUACGAAAAAAUCGUUUCGGGGAAGUACCACUGUCCCUCAACAUUUUCACGACCAUUAAAAGAACUAAUUGGAAACAUAUUGCAAGUUGAUAGAUCUAAAAGAUGGGGCAUUUUAAAAAAUGGAGCAAAGGAUGUGAAAAGUCACGAAUGGUUCAGAGGACUAGAUUGGGAUGCUGUUUUUCAAAGAAAAGUGAAACCUUCUUAUAAACCCCGUCUUAAGGGUGACGAUGACACGUCCAAUUUUGAUGUUUACGACGAAGAGCCACUAAGAAAGGCUUCCACAGAAAUGUUCCCUGAUGAAUUUGCAAAAAUUACCCUCUAAAGUACUUUUACAUUAUGAUUUACGGUCUCACAAUAUAUACAUAUCACUUAUAAAUAAAAUAAAUGUAUUUA